AAUGAUAUAUUAUUUAGAAGCUCCUCAGUUAUCUGUGUAACCAAUAGAAGUGUGGUGCGGUAUCAAAGUGACCUCUUAAAUAAAGAUAUUGUACUCAAAUUGAAUUUUUAAUAAACAUCUUGGGUUAAAGUGUUUUAGUUACGUUUUAAAUUGAAUAUAACAAAGAUGUCUCCGAACAACUUGCUGAUGUCAAUGACGAUAUUCUUAUCGUUGGUUUACAAAUCAUCAGCCAUAUACUGCUUCUACUGCAACAGCGCGAACAACUCAGCGUGUAUCGAUCCAACGCAGUUCGAUGACGAGACCCGAGGCCGCAUCAUACCAGUCAUCGAUUGCAACACUGCUGUCAACCGAAUCGAUCAGUAUGAGUUCUUCUGUAGGAAGAUUGUGCAGACUAUCUACCAUCCUCACAAAGACUCAGAGCUUCGCGUGACGCGCGGUUGCGGUUGGGUUCGACACGAGAAGCCCUGCUACAGGGCUGACAACCGGGACCAUCUGGAGACUGUCUGUCAGUGCUCGACUGACUUCUGCAACAGUGCCGAUUCCAUGAGUCCCACCACUACCACGGCGUUGUUCGUCGCUCUUGCUGUUUGCUUGUAUUAUUAUAGGGUUUAUUAAUUGUUUUUGUAUUUAGGUUUAUUUUAUAGGAUGGUAAGAAAAUCUGUACUAGGAAUUUACAUUAUUUGUAAGACGAUGAUUUAUUACGAUUUGAGGUACUGUAGAUUUUUAUGCUUCGUAAAAUAAAAUUAAAGUAAUCUUAA